AUGGCUGAGAGGACGAUAGAUGGGUCUACCGGGCAGUCGGAAGGCAUCGCCAUGCCCCCUCCUCUCCCUCCUCCUCCUCCCAAGGGUCGCAGACCUUUCACCGCACGGCCCUCCGUGAGCUCCAGGAGGCUUCGCAGUAGCCCCGAGUCGAGGCUUCUCUUCCCUGAGACCAAGUGGCCGAGCAUAGACGUGCAAGUCAACGAGCAGGGAUGGUUUUUCUCUGAGGAGCAGAGGCAGGAGCCGCCGGUCCGACGAGAGGAGGAGACAGGGGAUACCAACGCGAGCAUGCGAUGGCGACGGCGCUACUAUGCUGAGCUGGCAGGGAAGGGUGGGCCUCGAACCUUCGAGGUGACUCUAGCAGGGAGAGAAGAGGAGCGAGAUGCGUGUUCCUACCUCACCUGGUACUACUGUGACUUCCUGGCGGCCGAGGCCUCGACCGAAACGCCUCCCAAGAUGGACGAGGAGACUCUGCAUGUGGAGACGCUGAUCUCGUGGCUGAACGAGUUCAAACCGAGGACCAGGAUGGACGCGUUUCCGAUGCUGCAGGUGGCGAUCUCAGCGCUCAAUCAGCUCGUGGUCUCUAAAGCCAGCCUGCACUCCAACGUAGAGCAAAGUCUCUCUGUGAAGAUAGAGGAGCUCAUGUGUCAACUGGCGGAGAAGGAUGACCGCAUCGCGUUCCUAGAGCAGCAGGUCGAGAGCAUGGAGCAGCAAGCCAACGAGCUCAUGGCUAGGGCCUCGAACCUAGACAAGAAAGCAGCUGAUUCCACUGCCGAGACCUACGCGCUGAGCCUGACGUUUGAAGAGAAGGAGAAAGCGCUGAGGGAGAUGAUCCUUAGGAGAGAAAGAGAAUCAGCGCACGCUCUGAACAAGGUUUCAUCCUUGGAAGCAGAGGUUCACCUCUUGAGGGAAGAGAACUCGAGGAUCAAGAGGAUGAUGCGAGCGCAGGAUGAGACCUACACCAAGGCCAGGAACAGGAUGCUGGACAAGGUGAGGCACUGGGCCCUCAAGGCUACCACUAGGAUGGAGUGUAGUCGGGCGCUGAAGCAGUGGAGGCAUCACAGUCACCUCCUCGGCAGCCGCCGGGCGUCGCGAGCUGACUUGUCGCUGCAACGAGCGAGGAAGCUCUUCCAUCGAGACCUCCACGUCGCCUUCCAGCGUUGGUCGCACCGACUUGCCUUCAUCCGACAGGCGACGCGAGCAGAGAGCUGCAUCGCGUCCAUCAAGAUCCGCUCUGCAUGGAUGAGAUGGCUGCAGUUUGCCCACAUGGAGCAGAAAGAGAGGAAGCAGGGGUUCGCUCAGAAGCUGAGCAGCAGGCUCGGCGCCAAAGAGAUGGGGAACUUGUUUCUGGAGUGGAAGCUGCUGGUGGAGCAGCAGAGGAAGAGGAGGAAGGUGAUGAGCAUCCUCGUCUCCCAGCGGCAUCGCUCAACGCUCGAUCACUUCAUGCACCUCUGGCGGUACGUGCUGGUCAUGAGCAUGCUGCGCAAGGCUGGCUUCCGACCUCGAAACUCAGUGUCGUCGGGCAGCCCUCUGAAACUCCCGGGGCUCAAGAAACCUCCGAUGCUCUCGCCGAGGAGGACAAGCACUCAGUCAGCGGAUCAAGAGACCGUCCACACGGCCGUGCAAGACGAGGUCUUCCUUCGAAACAUCUUGAUCGCUGCCACCCGGAGACCGUCGGUAGAUGCAAGUUGA